AUGUCCAAGACAAAGGAAACCCGCCCUGCUGAGGGUUUCCACCAGGAAUAUAUCGCGUCGCUUCGAUACCGAAAUGACCUUCCGCCCCCAGAGAUGCCUCCAAAAUUCUUGGACAUACCUCAUGAAGGACUGCAGCGAUUCUUAGCUUCUGGCUAUGCUUCGAACAUGGCUCGGCGAGAGGAGCCAGGUGUUGAUGUUGAUGCUGAGGGUGGCAUGCCAAUUGAUCUGGUUGGAAUACCAGGUCUUCAUUUGGGUGAUGAAAGUGCUAUUCUGAUGCCGGAAAAUCCACCACCACCUGACCCUCGCGACCUACCAUUCCUAGUCUCGCUUGAUCAACUCAAAAAUCCGGCUGUGAAGAAUGUCAACGUCAGCUUUCUUCGUCGUACUCAAUACAUUGCCGUGGAACAACGAGGCCCUGGUGGCUUCAAACCUGCGGCUGGAAGAGUCAAACCACGUGCGUCAGAAAAGACCAAGCUGGCCAACGAUGAUCCCGUAUACAUCAAGAAAUACCUCAUGAAAGGUUUUGAUAUCGCAUAUCCGCAAAGUAAACAUACUGGGGAGGAUACUGCUGAGCGAAUCAAAGGACAUACACCACAGAAACCUGAGAUAGAUGCAUGGGCACACCCUGUUCACCCGGAUAACCCGAAACUCAAGCCCGUUGGAUUUUUCCCAGUUUUACCGGACUUGCAGGGAUACCCAGAUCCAGGUGGCUUCGUUCAAUUCAAGUUCGAUAAACCCCCUUUGUUGCCAGCUGCAGGAAAACGCGACGAUAGAAUUGAUGUCGGUCUGUUGUACCCAUCAGCGCCACCUGAGCAUGUCCUCGAGGAACACAGCGCAAAGGCUCAAUUGCACAAAAAUAACCCUGCACUUUACAAGGAUCCCGGACCAAUUCCAUGGGACUACGACUUGUUUGUUCCGGAGAAGAAGGGUUCCGCGAACAAGAUCAAGAAAAACCUCGACCUUCUCAAUAACGACAGGGAUGAUGAGGAUUUGUACACACACGAUGAUGGAGACAGCAAGUUCCAUCGUUACGACAGACUACGAACAUAUUCUACGAAGGCUCAACAGCUGAACUCGGAGCAGAAACAGCGCGACAUCGCUUUGACACUAUUCGACCCUGCCAAAGCCUCAUCAAGCCAAGCUACUGAUAGCGGCAUAAAGGCUGCCUAUUAUUACCCAAUUCUCGGCAAGAUGCGACUCGCUCCUGAACGAGCUCGCAAAAUCGCAAAGGCGGGAUUGGCCCGUAGCCACGGUGAAUCAUCUGGCCGAGAAGACCAAGCUGAUCAGAUCCACGUUACUGUCCGUGACCCUGAUGAAGCUGAGAUCUACAAGCGAAGUCUUCAUCGGGGCAAUGUGGACCCUGAGUUUAAGAAGAAUUUACCCCCUCCUCCGGCACAGUUGGAAGAGGAGGAAGAGAACGAGGUUGGAAACACACAAGUCAGCGCAGAUGCCGAUGCCGACGCAGAAGCCGAUGAAGAUCUCGCAGAGUAUAAUUCGAGACCUGGACGAGAAGAUCGGUCAGAUGAAGAAUCGGAGUGA